UGCCCAUCAUUUGACCGUUGGAAAUAAUUAUUACAAGGAAAGAGUAUAAGAAGGGGAAGAACUCUUCAUUUUAAGCUUCUUCUUUUGAGCCAUACCCAACAAUCCUAUUUGCUUCUCUAAUUCAUUUUGGAUUAGGUUUUAUCCUGGGCACUUGUAAAAUUGUAGUAAAAAUCCAUCAAAUCAAAGAGAUUUUCUUGAAAUCUAAUUUAUGGGUGUUUAAGACUUCAAGAAAUCAAGGUGCUUUUUGAGUUUUUAGUAAUUAGUUAAAAAUGAUUGCUGAAAAACCCAGUUGGAUUCGACAUGAAGGUUUGCAGAUCUUCUCCAUUGAUAUACAACCUGGUGGUCUUAGGUUUGCUACUGGUGGUGGGGACCACAAGGUAAGAAUAUGGGAUAUGAAUUCUAUUGCUAGAGAUUUUGAUAAGGAUGAUCAAACUCACCGGAUUCUUGCAACCCUUCGGGAUCACUUUGGUUCAGUUAAUUGCGUCAGAUGGGCCAAACACGGUAGAAACAUUGCAUCAGGGUCGGGUGAUCAAUUAAUUCUAAUUCACGAAAUGAAACCUGGUUCAGGGACUUCCGAAUUUGGUAGUGGUGAGCCUUUUGAUGUUGAAAAUUGGAAGGUUGUCAUGACUCUGAGGGGACACACUGCAGAUGUGGUGGAUCUUAAUUGGUCUCCAGAUGACUCAAUGUUGGCUAGCGGAAGUCUUGACAACACUAUCCACAUUUGGAAUAUGAGCAAUGGUAUAUGCACUGCUGUUCUCAGAGGUCAUUCUAGCUUGGUUAAAGGUGUUACCUGGGAUCCCAUUGGUGCCUUUCUAGCGAGCCAGUCUGAUGAUAAGACAGUUAUUAUAUGGAGAACCACUGAUUGGAGUCUUGCCCAUAAGACAAACGGCCAUUGGGACAAAUCUCUUGGAUCACCUUUUUUUACGCGACUUGGGUGGUCUCCUUGUGGCCAUUUGUUAACCACUACACAGGGUUUCCAAAAGCCUAGAUAUUCGGCUCCUGUAUUGGAAAGAGGCGAAUGGGCUGCUAAUUUCGACUUCUUGGGACAUAAUGCUCCUAUUUUAGUCGUGAAGUUCAAUCAUUCAAUGUUCAAAAGACAUUUCUCCAAUGCUCAGGAUGUUAGAGCAUCGUCUUCCGGACGGGCUAAAGGGUCCACAAAGACUGGAGGAAAAGAAUUGAUGCCAUAUAAUGUUAUUGCUAUUGGCAGUCAGGAUCGUACUAUAACUGUCUGGACUACAGCAGCUGCACGUCCACUCUUUGUGGCAAAGCAUUUUUUCACUCAAAGUGUUGUUGAUUUAUCUUGGAGCCCUGAUGGGUAUUCACUUUUUGCUUGUUCCUUGGAUGGCUCGGUGUCUACCUUUCAUUUUGAAGUACAAGAAAUAGGUCAAAGGUUAACUGAUGAUGAACUGGACGAGCUGAACAGAAACCAUUACGGUGAUGUUAGGAGUCAGCAGGCUAACUUAGCAGUAAAACAAAACACUAGAAAAAAGGUUUUUAACAUGCAGCAUCAGCAGGUUGCUCCAAAACCUUCAUCUCGUUUUGGGAUUGUCUCAAAGGUCCUUGAGUCACAUGGUGCCACCAGAAAGAAAAGAGGAGUAAGGUCUGCGAAGCAAAAAGAGUACAGGCGCCUUGAUGAUAGGAAAAGGAUUAAAAAUGCUGUGUCCCACUCUCAAACCUCUGAUCUACCUCUAAUAUCUUCUGAAGGAAAUAAGGUUGAUGAUAUUCCUAAAGUCGGAAAAACCCUUGAAGCAGGUUCUGAUUUGAAGGAACAUAGUGGGGUCAAUACUAAGGCUUGUUUUAGUGAUAGUGUGGUCAUUGAAAGAGUUGGAGCUGCUUCAGGCAUAGAUGAUGGUGAUCUUGUCAAAUCUCCUGGCAGCGCAAAGUUAUUAAGUUCUUUAGCUGCUAGUAACGCUACACUUGCGAUAAGGGUGGUAGAUAGGAAGGAAGAUGCAUUUGCAAUGCCAAUUACAUUGGAAGCUCGCCCUAGAGAGCAGGCAGUUAAUGACAUUGUUGGUUCGAGUAAUAUGUCAUUGGUCAAGGAAACGGAAAUUAUUUGCCGCAGAGGUUCUCAGACUUUGUGGUUUGACCGUAUUUCUGGGAAGGCGUCAAUUUUGGCUGGAAAUGCCAACUUCUGGACUGUGGGAUUUGAAGAUGGCUGCUUACAGGUGUACACAAAAUGUGGAAGGCGUGCUAUGCCGAUGAUGAUGAUGGGUUCCGUUGCAUUGUUUUUAGAAUGUGAUGAAUGUUGGAAAUUGUUGCUUAUCACAAAGAAGGGGUCUAUAUAUUUGUGGGACUUAUUUAGCCGAAGCUGUCUCCUUCAAGAUACUUUGGCGUCUUUGUUUGCUGCAGACCCAAUGGCCUCCUUGCAAAAUGCUGGUACUAUUAAAAUAAUUUCAGCAAAGUUGUCAAAAUCCGGUUCACCCCUUGUUGUGUUAGCCACUCGCCAUGCUUUUCUCUAUGAUAUGAGCCUAAAGUGUUGGCUUCGGGUGGCAGAUGAUUGUUUUCCUGCAUCAAACUUUGCGAACUCUUGGAAUAUGGGACCCUCUCAAUGUAAUGAACUUGCAACAUUGCAAGUUGAUAUAAGAAAAUUCUUGGCGAGAAAACCUGAUUGGAGUGGGGUGGCUGAUGAUGGCAUGCAAACUCGUUCUCACUUGGAGGCUCAGUUAGCAUCAGCUUUGACUUUGAAAUCCGCAAAUGAAUACCGCCAAUGUCUCAUGUCAUAUGUCCGAUACCUUGCAAGAGAAGCUGAUGAGUCUCGAUUACGUGAAGUCUGUGAAAGUUUCCUUGGACCUCCUACUGGGAUGGGUGCUGCAUCAUCAAACCCGAAUAUAGAAUGGGAACCUUGUGUUCUUGGAUUGAAGAAACACAAACUCUUGAGAGACGACAUCCUACCAGCUGUGGCAUCGAACAGGAAAGUACAGAGGCUUCUGAAUGAAUUCAUGGAUCGUCUCUCUGAAUAUGGAAGCGUGGAAAAUCAGUCGGAACAAAACAACUCAAUUACCAAUUUGAAACAGGCUACGAACUGAGUAGUGCUGUUCCUACAAUUACAAAUCAAAUAUACCAAAUGAAGGCAGAGGAGUUCUUCCGGCAAAGGAACACAGCUCGAGGUACAUAUUUUUAGAGAACCGAGAAGGGAUUUGUAGCUAGACUUGUAUAUAGAGAUGGCAAUGACCUCAUUCUAUACUGAUGCCGGCGGUGCGCCAUUGUCCGUGAGAAUUUAGGUAACGAAAGCGGCUUUUAGCAAGUUAAUUACCAUUUGAAUGUAUAUUUUAGUCCUGAAGCUGGAAUAUUGUUCAGCUCUUUUGGUUUUUUUGUUCGAAAUAGGGUUGAGAAUCCUUAUAGAUAAGGAAAGAGGUGACACUAAUACUUUUUAAAGCCCCAGGAUAUAUUAUAUACUCUAAUACACCUCCUUACCCGAGAGCCCUUUGGGAUAUAAGUGUGGAUACGAUCCAGACCCUUCUUAUACCUAGCGCUGUAUACGUGAUUUCCUGUAUAUGUGAUUUCAUAAUAUGUU